AUGGUUGAAGAGGAGACCAAGUGGGUAGGGCCUAAGGCCAGGAAUGUGGAUGGUUAUAAGCUAUGGUACUCAGGGAGUGAGAGACGUAAGAAUGGAGUAGGCGUCUUAGUUGAUGAAGAACUUAGAGGGCAAGUAGUGAAGGUUAAGAGAGUCAACGAUAUGUUGAUGACUAUUAAGUUGGUCAAUGGGGAGUUUACUCUGAACGUGUGCAGUGUUUAUGCGCCGCAGGUGGGCAUGGACGGUGAAGAGAAGAAACGGUUUUGGGAUGCUUUGGACAAGGUGGUGAGAGGAGUGCCUAACUCUGAGAAGAUUGUUGUAGCAGGAGAUUUCAAUGGACACAUCGGGGUAUUAUCAGGAGGUUAUGGCGUUGUGCAUGGUGGUUAUGGUUUUGGGGAGAAGAAUGAAGAGGGAGCUGCUCUGUUGGAUUUUGCGAGGUUCAUUGGGAUGGUAGUAGUGAAUUCGAGCUUUCCGAAGAAAGAGGAUCACCUGGUCACCUUCCGAAGCGCAAUAACCAAGACUCAGAUUGACUUAUUGCUACUUAAGAAGGGGGAUAGGGUGUUAUGUAAGGAUUGUAAGGUUAUUCUGAGUGAGAACCUUUCGACCCAACACAGGUUCCUAGUGAUGGACUUAGGCUUAAAGAAGGAUAAAAAGAAUAGGGGUGGAGAGGGUUGA